AUGGAUCUCUCUGUUUUGCCAAAUAACAACCAUCCUGACAAAUUCCUGCAGCUUGACGUGAGGUCUUUAAUGAGGAACUCAGCCCUUCUUCAGGCCAGUCUGGUGAAGUUUCCGGGAGGGAAUUACCCUGCUGCACAGCACUGGCAAAACCUCAUCUACUCACAGAGAGAGAAGAAGAAUAUUACUGCUCAACGAAUGAGGAGAUCCAGUUUGGAGAGUGCUGUGAGCACAGAGAGCCCCCCACCAUCCCUGUCAUCAGUUCUGAAGAAUAACCCACUAUACGGUGAUGAGAGUUUGGAGGAUGGUAUGGAAGAAAGAAAAAAGAAUCCUUCAUGGACCGUUGAGGAGUAUGACAAGCAUUCCCUGCACACAAACCUCUCUGGGCAUCUGAAGGUACUCAAGGCAAAGAAUCAACUCCUUUAAUUGUUGAGGGAGAUCAGUUAAAUAAUCCUAAAAGAAAUGGGUACUGAGGUGAAAGGCAGUCUUCACUAGGCACAAAAUUUCCAGAUUUCAGGUCAUUUUGGCCUCUGGCUUCACUUUCUCUCUCCUAGUCAGUAGUUAUGUUUAUUUAUGUGUUUUGUGUUUUACAAUUUCAGCAAUUACCAGCAUCUCUACAGUGUAGAGAGAAAGGAAUGGUGUGACACAGAAGAAGGGUUUACCUGGAAGGUAUCAGGUUUUGAAAGUUAAUUUGCCAGAUUAAGUAUGUUUCCUCUAGUUUUGUGAUCAUCUAUGUUCAUGAAUACUUAAGAAUUCCUUAUUCUACAUUUAUUCAAAAAUAUUAACUAAAUGCUCUGUCUUAGGCACUGUGCAAGGCGGUUCUCAUCAAAGAUCAUUUUAUUUCAAGCCUACUCAGUGAUUUAAGAUUGCAAAUUUACAUUUUGGACAUUUUCCUGUGUCUCAGUAACAAAACAAAACAAAAACAUUUCAACACAGGAAAAGUAUGCAAUGAACUCAUUCACCCAGCUUAAACCCAAUUCAGGUUUUUCUUUUUUUUCCCCCUGGUGUCACCUAUCAAAUAGAGGGUCUAGGAAUACCUGAAAAGCAGGGAGAGAGGCCCUCUGUUUUCUGAGUGGACUGGAUUCCUACCCAGCCUUGGCUUACCUCUGCCCACCCUAGGGCCAGAAAGGUCUGACAUUUUCCAAGUACUUCCUUUAACAAUGUAUGUCUGUUCUAAACCCCAUACUUUAAUCACCUACAGAUUUUUCCUGCUAAAGGGGACAGCAUUAUGUCCCUCUAAAGUCCUACACUUUUUAAAAUCUCAAGUGUGCACUCCUUGAAAUAGUGUCCAAAGUCUUUGGAGUUUCUUAGUCUCCUAGUGGAUUUAGUGUAUCUCCUCCUUAAUGUAGCCUCUUUUCCAGAGACGUUUCCAUAACAGAUGCUCCCCUCUAGCAACAAUAAUCUUGUGUUUUUUUAUCAGGAAUCUAAAGAUCAAUACCUGUAGGAAACAACCUUCUGCAACUAGGAAAAAGUGUAUUGAUUUAUUUCACAAACAUUUCUUGACUGUAUGCUAGAGCCUCUAUUCUUUUCUUUGUUGUUUACAUGAAUGAUAAAGGGACUAUGAAGAUGAAUAUGACUCUCCUUGCCCUCAAAAUUUCAUCUAACUGAGCAAAGACAGAGGAAGAGGAUAGUGGAUAGAGGAUAGGAAGAACAGUGGAAAGUGCUGUGCAGAUUCAGAAGAGGACAGAGUCCCACUGGAUUAAAAGAAGCCUUUAUGAAAAAGUUAAUUUAUGCUGGACUUGAAGAAUGUGUACAAUUCCAGAAGACAUAGGUUGUUUGUAUGAGUGGAGAGGCCCUCUUCUGUCAGAAGUGGCAAGAAAAAAGGCACAUAUACAAGAGGGUGAGAGAGUUUGUCAGAACAAUAGGUAGUCCAGUUUUGCUGGAGCUACAGUUUAAGUAAUAGAAUAAUGGUGGGGGGUGGGGGGAAGGCUAACAAACAGACUCAAAAAAAACCAAAAUUUCAAAUGUAAGGCUAAAGAAACUGAACAUUAUCGGCACUGAGGGGUAAUAUUUUGUUGGACAAUACCAUGACAUGCUUAGGAAGACUGAACGUGAAUUGCUGGAUGCAUUGCUUUACGAAAGCCAGGGCCGGCCCCCUCCCCACCCAUCCUCUAUCUGUACACUCACCUCAGAGCAGAGGCCCGUCAGGUCAGAGGCUUGUAUGCAGACCUCAUGAUGCUAUUUUGAGAGAUGCUUCUGGAAGUCAUGGCUUUUGUUUUUAUUAGGAUCUCUUCUUGACCUCAUCAUUUCAACUUCUUUCAUCACCGUCCCUACCGGUAUCUCCUAAUUAGCAGACAGAGCCCCCAACCUAAUUUCUGAAACCUUUUCAACUACUUUACAGGCCAUGAAAGUUCCAUGUGCUUUUGGCCACUCCCAUUUUUCUAAAUUACUAACUUUAUGAAUAAGAAAGGAGAAAAGAAGCCCAUAUUUAGUUACAAAGUCAAGCUAUAGGCAGAAUGUAAGAAAGGAUAGUCUCCAUUAUGGAAGUUCUUACUGAAGAAUGAGGCAUUAAACUUGCAGGCAAAGUGCAGGCCUCUGAUUAGGACACAGACACAAAUGAAGGAUAAGAGUGAAGUAGGCAAGGAUUUUUAAAUCAGCUAUCCUUUUGCACACGUCAUCCAAAUUUUAUUUUAAUGUUUUCGCUUUUCUAAGACUGGGAAGUUGAACCUAGUAGCAAUGUGAUGGAAGAGUUAUAUUGCCUUCACCAGAAUCCACCCAGCUCCCCUUCCUCUUUUAGCAGUCUGAAGCUAGUUCAUUACCCUUGUGUCCAGCCAUGGAAACUGGCUGACUUUAAGUCCACUGAGCCUAGAGAGGCAGAGAGAGGGUGGGCAGCCGAGCUACAAGCCACUGCAAUAUUCCAAAUGAGAAAUAAUAAGGCCUGAAGUGGGUUUAUGAAAAUAGAGAUUCAGCAUUCACCAUAAAUUUGUUGUAUGUCUACCAGAUGCCAGUUAUAGACACUGAAUCAUUAGCACUGAAAAACAGCAGGAGAAAAUAGGAGGGAAAAAAUAUAUAUGUGUGUGUGUAUAUAUAUGUUUUACGUGUAUAGACAGUAGAUUUUGCAGAUGAUUCAUUGGACAUAGGAGAUGACAUUGAGUAGAAGACAAUUUCUCAGGGUUGAGUGGGAGACAAGGCCAGUGAAAGAAUCAGAGACAUGGGGCCUAGGAGGUGAUGUGGGAAAGGAUAUACUGGGUCCUUUCUCCAGAAGGUCAAACAGUGCCAGAGUUUCUGCAUGCCAACAUGCUGUAUUCCGCUACAAGGAAGACCAGAAGAUUGAGAAGCAUGGAAAAGACUCUUUACUCUUGGUCUUACUCCUCCUUCCAUGGAAGUCAGCUUCUGGAUUUACUGAAAAACUCAGCAAACAUCUUUAUCCCUAUUAUGCCAACAAAAUCAAACCCCCAAGGCUCCGCUAAGGCAAGGAAUUUUAAUUUUAUUUCAACUCACUAACCUGAUUGACACACAGUAUUUAUGAGUUGUAAGAGACACGAAAUUAGCGAAAAGAUGACAGAAACGCUCUUGUGUUUCUGACCCUGCAAUGUGAGCAAUUUAUUCAGUAAGCCGUGCAGACUUCCUAAUGAAUUCUCAUGCAGACCUACAGGUGGAAGCUGAGGAUUCCUGGUCAGCCAGGAGGCUGUAGCUACAUGUUCCUACUAUUCAAGGAAGCCUAGCCUCUCUUAUUUGAGCAGUGACACUUAGGACAGUGUGAAUAUGGACGUAAAGUACCUAUACGGUCUUGUUCUGCAAUCUCAUUGAGUUUGUAACACUGACUGAUCCUAUUCUUCGUGUAAUUUUCUUUUAGGAAAGUCCUAAUGACCUACGGUUUUGGUUGGGAGACAUGUACACACCCGGUUUUGAUACCUUACUGAAAAAGGAAGAAGAACAAGAGAAGCAUUCAAAAUAUUGUCGUAUAGGUCUGAUUUUGCUCCUCAUUGCCUGCGUCUUGGUUUCCAUAGUAACUGUUAGCACUUUUUUCACCUAA